AUGAUUCGAACUUCAGUAAGACGUUUAACAACAAAAGUAUUCUCUAAUCCAAAACCAUUAGCGCCAAGUAAACCAAAAGCAUCUGUUGAUUUUGAUAAUUAUUUUCAAGAUGAACUUGAACUUCGACUUCUUGCUGGAAAAGGUGGCGAUGGAAAAUCGUCAUUUUCAAAAACAUUUCAGAAUGAAUUCGGAGGACCGAAUGGAGGAGACGGUGGCAAUGGUGCUCACAUUAUCCUUCAAGCGUCAAAAUACCAUUCAUCAUUAAACAACAUUAAAAAUGUAUUUAAAGCAGACAAUGGAGAGCCAGGCGACUCAAAUUUUAAAAAGGGCAAAUCAGCUGAACAUCUUAUUGUUGAAGUACCUGUAGGCACAAUUGUGAGAAAAAUCAAUGGAAAUAUUGCUUGUGAGUUAAAAAAACAUGAACAAAGAUUUAUUGCUGCUCGAGGAGGUCUAGGUGGCAAAGGUAAUUAUUAUUUUCUAUCAAAUAUGAAUCGAGCACCCGUUGAAUGUGAAUUGGGUGCCAAUGGUGACAAGAAAAAAUAUAAACUUGAACUUCAACUCAUAGCACAUUUUGGAUUGCUUGGAUUUCCGAAUGCUGGCAAAAGUAGUCUGCUACGAGCUAUAUCAAGGGCACGACCGAUUGUUGGUGAUUAUGAAUUUACAACGCGGCAACCACAACUUGGCUCAAUUGAAUAUGAUGAUUUCGUACAAAUUCAUGUGGCUGAUAUUCCUGGUAUUGUACCCGGUGCUAGUAAACAAGAACUAGGUUUAGGCAGUAAAUUUCUACGUCACAUUGAACGAUGUUUAGCAUUACUUCUUAUUAUUGAUAUGAGUGCUGAACGUCCCUGGGAGCAAUAUGAUUUAUUAAUGAAAGAAUUACGUGAAUACAAAACGGAUUUGACUAAAAAGCCGAUUACUAUUAUUGGAAAUAAAAUGGAUGAUCAUGAUGCUAAACUUCAACUUGAACAAACACGACAGUAUCUUCCAUAUCCACUCCUACCGAUAUCGACUGUAGAAAAAAUAAAUAUUGAUAAAUUGUUGUUAUAUUUAAGAAAACAAUAUGAUGAAUUGAUCACGGAUGAAUGGCGUGAUCGAAUAAAAUAA